GAUAAACGGACAAUCAUAGGAUAAGAGAGUUUUAUAUGGAGGCUCAUUUGCAUUGAUCGACUAAUAUCAAUUGGUAAUAGCAAACACGUGUAAUAUUCAUUCCAUGCAACAAAUUAAAUGGUACCCAUCCACGUGUAAUAGACAAUUGCUUGCUCUCAUAAUCCCAAAAAUCCCACUGGCAGAAGAAGCUGACAAAGAUGUUAUAGCAAGAUCAAUUGCACUUUUCUUUGUGUUUGCAUGUACGAAAUCAAAGCAUUUGGAGCUGGUUUGCGAAAUUCAAGGACUUAGGCGGAGGUGAGUUUACAACGGACACCAUCUUCUUUGCUCGCACACUCCCCGUUAUCUGCGGCCGAGAUUGGGAAGACCACCAAGGUCCUUUGCGGAGGAGAGCUGGAGGCCCAGUCGUUGAAUUUGCUUGGCUAGCCGCCAGCCGAUUUGUCGACGGGAUGGGGAAAGUCGGGGAUAUGGUCGUAGACGCAUAGAUGCGGGGAGCAGGUCUAUCCGCCACCAGAUCGUCGUGCGGGAUCGGAGGUGAGGGGAAGGUUAAGAGAUGCGUGGAGGAAGGACUGGGACUUGAACCAACGGCGGAGAUCAAUACUUAGGAUAUAUCGACGACAAUCGCGUGGUGUGCGUGAUACUUACGGUAGGCUUGCCCACUCCCCACUGGACCCCUUAUACCAUUAGGCGCUAUUUAUUUAAUAAUAAUAAUUUACAUUGCCGGUGUAUAUAUAUGAACUGCAGAAACGAAGCAGCACCUAAAAGUCGGCCAAUAACCUAACUAAUUAAAAACAUACACCUACUGAAAAGGGACGUGUCUCCAAAGUGUAGACCGUUUAUUGAAUUUUACAUCUCUUUUGAAACGUGAAAAUACACUAGGCCUGAUUGAUCUUUGGGUAAUUUUUUACAAAACUAGCUUCUAAAGUUCUAAUACAAUUCGUUGGGAACUGGGAAGUGUUAUUAAAAGUGUAAUGAAGUGUUUCAACAAAAAAAAUAAAAAAAAGAUGUAAUGAAGUGUUUGACUGAUAAACUAGUGAAAUUACUUUUUAACUUAGCAAGUAAUAUAAAAUAAUGAAAAUAUUUUAAAUUUAAAAAAGAAAUAAAAAUUAAAGAGGGUUUUGAUUGAAGUUAUCUUAUCUUAAAUAAUAAUUAUAUAACUUUUAUUUAUCAAACAUAUCAAUGAAAAGAUUAUAUUUUGAAAAAAAUUUAUAUCUUGAAAAUGGUUUUAAAACGAAUAUAAAAAUGGUAGAUUAUGGUUUUAUGGUUCAUAAUGAAUUAGAAAUGUUUGCUCGACUUCAAUUUUUUUUUUAUACUAAAAACUACUUCAAAAAGUCGGUCCAAAUAUAUGCUAUGAUUGUUUAUAUAAAUAAAACUUUUAUUAUUAAGAUAUUUUUUUAUUCAUGGAAAAUAUUAGUGGGGAUUGCAUUUAUAUAUUCUGUAGAAUGGACCUGGUUAUCUAGCUCCGUCUGAAAUCUAGAUUGCGCCAUAAGCUAUUUUAAUCUCCCAGAGCGGCUAUAAAUAGGAUCCUCCAAUCCCUUCACUCACUGCAACAAAGUAAAAAGGGAUAAGAAGUAGAGAUAUGGCUCUCGUCAAAGCAGCUGCAUGCUUCCUAUUCUGCUUGGUCAUCCUCGAUCCCUACGUUUCAAUAGUGGUUGCUCGUAAAAAAUAUCCGGCGACUAGCGCUCCAGCCCCUUCUCCAAUAAUCAUCACACCAGAGUACGCCAGCCCUGCCUCGGAAGCAGAAUUAGCACCCGAAGAAUUCGUUACCAUUACUUCUGCGGUUGCGCCUGCAACACCUCCGGCCACUUUUGCACCGGCUGAACCACCGAUAAUCAUCGCAGCAGCAGAGGACGCCCCUGAAGCUCCGGUACCAGAUGCCGCAUUGCCACCCGCAAUUAAUUAAUAUCCCAUUUCUACUUAAUUACUGGGCGCUUGUGAGUGUGUGUUCAAUAAUACCAUGCCUACUUCAUGUGUACGUUCACUGUUAAGUACGUUGUAAGUCUCGAUCGAUCGGCUUCGAUGGAUCUUUGGUGUUCUAAUAAAAAAAAGCUUAUGUAUGCUGCAGCCAGCUCCUGCUGAUUGUAUUAAUUGAUUGGUAGUCCGAUCCAUCAUGUUUCACUUUGGUUUAUGUAACGUGGCUGGCUGUAUUGUCUACUUAGAUAAAAGGUUGUUAUAGUAUGAUCAGUAUCGUCUGAAUAAAAGGCUGCUUUAGUUUUGCAAACUCUGUCCUAAUUCUCCCUCUUUCUCUCUUAAUUGUAAUUUCUAUAAAUCGAGUAUCACGAAACCCCAAUUGAAAAUCGAAUUUCAAUUCCAACGGCUAAUCCAUCCAUGAAGAAGAUGACUGUUCCAACGCAGUUGUAGUCCUUAAAAAUUUCUGCGAAAUAAUUAAAAAAAAAUCACGACGUUCGGAUUGUGAAGCACAAAGUUAUGGCCUUUCAAAGUUUAGAAAAAUAGAAAAAAUGGUCGUUCGGGGUAGCAAACGACGUUUUUUCGGGACGAAAGCGGGACCAAGCUGCCUUUGAAUGUUAACGAAUUGCAAGAUCUCGAAAAUUUAUGCGGAAUCAAAAAAAAUAUCGUUACGAUCGAAUAACGGAGCGCAAAGUUACGUAUGUUUGAAGUUUCAGCGCAGGUCAGGCCUUCACCGCAGCUGACAGCCGCGGUGAUGCAUUCACUGUUGUCCUCUCCCGCAGUGAUGCAUUCACUUCUGUCCUCUCCCACAGUGAUGACUUUCACUACGUUUGUCAACUGCGGUGAUGCCCAAACAUGUGUAUAUUGGGAAUUUUUCAUAAAACGUGUGUAUUUUGGGAUUUUUUAAAUAGAACGUGUGUAUUCUGAGAUUUUUUCCCAGGUUUGGGUGGGCGUGGUUCCUUACAUACAAUUUUGAACCAUGGUUUUAAAAUUAUAAUCUUCUUCCUAAAACAAAACUGUGUGGUGUUGUAAUAUGUGAUAUAAAAAAUCCAAAACCAACCAGUAUGUGGUUCGAAGAAAACCAGCCCACACCAUUUUUUUUUUGUUGAAUUCCACCGCAACAUCUUCGAACAAUUAUGUAUAAAAUAUGUAAUCUAAAAAAUUUAUUCGAAUGUCAUUCUAAAUUGAAGUUUCUUUGUCAGAUUGUUUGUAAACGGGAAGAAAAUGAACAAAAUUUGAGAUCUAAGAGAUAAUAAUUCCAGAAACGAAGCAUCACCUAAAAGUUGGUCGGUGACCUAACUAAUUAAAUACAAGUUGUCCUAUCCUCGCCUGCCGAAUGAGUUAAGUGCUUAUGGCCAAACAUAUACCAACAUUCCACCACCUAGGAUGGCAACGGGUUUGGAUGGGGCGACCGCGGUUUUAAUAUUAUAAUCAUCUUCGUUAACAAAACUGUGUGGUGAUGUAAUAUAUUAUAUAAAAAAUCCAUAACCAAUUAUGUAUAAAUUUCACCAACAACCAGUAUGUAGUUCACAGAAAACCCACCCGCAUCAUUUUUUUUCUGUUGAAUUUCACCCUCACCAUCCCUGAACAAUUAUGUAUAACAUUUGUGAUAUAAUCUAAAAAAAUUCUUCGAAUGUCAAUGUAAAUUGAAGUUUUUUGUCACAUUGUUUGUAAUAUUGAGAGAAAAUUAACAAGAUUUGAGGUAUAAGAGAUAAUUAUAAUUUUCUAGAGAUAUAAAUAAACGGAAUGUUAAAGU